GCAGUAACUACAAGAGGUCCACCGGUCUGUUCUGUCAAAAUGACCUUAUCUACAGAAGUGGAGCCUUUGACUCCACCGGCCCACAUUACCAGCAUGUAUAUUCCUCCCAAAGACAUGGACUACGGCGACAGCCUCGAACAGAUGAAUGGAGGUAUUUUCAAGUCGGUGGAACCUCAAAGAAGGUCCACUGGCAGGCUGAUUAUGCAUAGCAUGGCUAUGUUUGGGAGAGAGUUCUGCUAUGCGGUAGAGGCUGCAUUUGUGACUCCUGUGUUACUUAGCGUGGGCUUGCCCAAAAGCUUGUAUAGUCUUGUUUGGCUUAUUAGCCCCAUCUUGGGUUUCGUUCUCCAGCCAGUGGUAGGAUCUGCCAGUGAUCACUGUCGGUCUCGCUGGGGGAGGCGUAGGCCAUAUAUCCUUGCUUUGGGGAUCCUGAUGGUGUUGGGCAUGACGCUCUACCUCAAUGGAGACACCGCAGUUACUGCAAUCUUUAAAAAUACACCCGAGAAAAAAACAUGGGCGAUCGUUAUUACAAUGCUGGGAGUGGUGGCGUUUGAUUUUGCUGCAGACUUCAUCGACGGGCCGAUUAAAGCGUAUUUAUUUGAUGUGUGUUCGCAUCAGGACAAGGAGAGGGGGCUCCAUUAUCACGCUCUCUUCACGGGUCUAGGAGGAGCGUUGGGUUACCUCACAGGUGCUAUCGACUGGGGAUCCACAAUACUAGCAAAACUCAUGGGUUCAGAAUUCCAGGUCAUGUUCUUCUUCGCGUCGUCUAUUUUCCUCCUCCUCCUCGUGGUCCAUUUGUUCAGUAUUCCUGAAAUUCCCUUGGAGGAUAAUCAAGUGGAAACACAUCUCUUGCUAAAACACGACCAACUAAAACUAUAUGGCUCAACGGAUACAGCCCAAAAUGGCCACUUGAAAACGAAAGAAAAGGAAGCAUCAUCUGAAGGAUAUGACAUGGCAGAGGACGCAGAAGUACAGGUGCAGAAACGAAUGACUCUUAAAUCAUUGGUACAUGCUCUAUUAACUAUGCCAUCUCAUUACCGCUACCUGUGUGUCAGUCACCUGAUCGGAUGGACAGCUUUCUUAUGCAACAUGUUGUUCUUCACAGACUUCAUGGGGCAGAUUGUUUACCAUGGAAACCCAUAUGCACCACAUAACUCCCAGGCGUACCUGAUCUAUGAGAGGGGAGUGGAAAUUGGAUGCUGGGGCAUGUGUAUUAAUGCAAUCUCUUCUUCUCUGUAUUCAUACCUCCAGAAGGCGCUUUUGCCGUACAUUGGAUUGAAAGGUCUAUAUUUUGUGGGGUACCUCCUGUUUGGAUUGGGGACGGGAUUUAUUGGCUUAUUUCCCUACGUUUACUCCACGCUGGUUUUGUGCUCGCUUUUCGGAGUGAUGUCAAGCACGUUGUACACUGUUCCUUUUAAUCUGAUAGCGGAGUAUCACAGAGAAGAGGAGUUUCAUGCAGAGCUGCAUGGGAAGAAGUCCAGGGACAGCCGAGGGAAAGGAAUAGACUGUGCUGCCCUGACCAGCAUGGUCCAGCUGGCUCAGAUUAUUGUGGGAGUUGGCCUUGGACUACUUGUCAGUGUUGCUGGAAGUGUUGUUGUGGUGGUCAUCUCUGCAUCGGCUGUGUCAUUGAUUGGUUGCUGUUUUGUUGCUCUAUUUGUCCGAUACGUGCAUUAAAAAAAAAAAAAUAA